AAUAUCAACACAAAGAUGGGCCGCUUAUCUAAAUGACUCCCAUCUCAUCUCACUGCUCAGCAGCAAUUUUUGGGGCGGAUAGGAGAGACGGUAUUUCCUGCUCCACUAGACACCCCGUUUGAAAGCGAACAACAAGCCUCAAUGGAGAGACUAGAAGCUGUAAAAUGCGCGGACCUCAUGCUUCAUGCGAUAGUGUGUAACGUAAAGAGAGAGAGAGGGAGUUAAAACGCGUUUCCUAACUCUGUUCCGUGCUUGGACUGAUGUGAUGUCGACGAGGAGUAUAAUUAUGUCAUGACCGACAGGGCAGAUGUUGGGUCACUUCCUGAUGCCGAGAGGGGUUCAUAUAUGAGAUGGCUCAGGAUGUCUUAUGAGGCGAACAAGAGUGUUCUACUGGUUCCCCAGGAGUCACAUGCGUCAUGUGUGUUUCAGUCGGCUGAGGAGCGAGACGAGAUCCCCGGCAUGGGCGACGACAGUGUUCUGGAGAUGCUGAGCUACUCCAAGUUCUCGGACCUGGAGGCGUGGCUGUGUAUGCCGUCAGCGCUGUUCCCGAGGACCCGAACAUCCUGGUCCUUUUCCGCACUGUCCAGUGAGGGGGAGACAGAGGCAGACCGAGACCCAGAGAAGAGGCCGUCUGACGGGGACUCCAUCUCGCCGGCACGUCCUUCUCCCCUGUCCCCUGUCUCGCCGGCCCUCUCCAGGCGCCCGAUGCCCCUCACCUCCACGCCGGCCUCUGCCGACGCUCCCGCACCCACCACGACCUCUGACCUCAGCGGGCCCGGCGCACAGGCCCGAACCAGCGGCAGGAAGAGGAGACGCCUGGCGGCCAGCCCUGGAGGACUGCACUGGGACGCUUCAGGUGCAGUGCUGCGAGAGCGUUCGGAAGCGCGGAGCAGCACACGUCCCGUUGCGUCCAGUGACCCCUCCUCUCCUCCCUUGUUGGACGCUUCGGUGAGGCAGAAUCUGUCGGUGAGGAAGACUCUGUCUGUAGACGACCGGCUGCUUCACACACCUCCGGAACAGCAGCGGAUACUCAGUCGCAUCGACAAGGGAAAGAAAAAGCUACGCAACAUCCAUAGCCUUGGGUCGACGGGGAGGUAUGAACCUCGUAAAAAGUCGGACAGUAAGAUCCAGCGCCUGGCCCAGAGACUCCACCGGCAGAGUGAUGCCGCGCUGAUCCGGGACUUCCGACCAUUCCUCUUCCUGCCCGGAACGCCAGGGACAUCCCAGAGCCUCGACAGGUCGUUCUCAGCCAGCAUGACUCAGCAGAUGCAGAACUUGCAGCUGAGUCAUGGCGGGCGGAGAGGAGCGGGCCCCGCCUCCCCCAACGCCGCCAAACGCCUCUACCGCAACCUCUCCGAGAAGCUCAAGGGCAGCCACUCCUCCUUCGAAGACGUCUACUUCUUCGGACGAUCGCGCAAAGCCUCUACACUGCAGAGUGCCGAGGCCAUGUUCGAGGCGGUGGAGCAGCAGGACUUGGACACGGUCCAGAUCCUCCUGUAUCAGUACUCGGCGGACGAGCUGGAUUUGAACACACCCAACAGCGAGGGCCUGACGCCGCUGGACAUCGCGCUCAUGACCAACAACACGCCCAUCGCCAGGCUGCUGCUCCGAGCAGGGGCCAAGGAAAGCCCUCACUUCACUAGUCUGGAGAGCCGCGUGGCCCACCUCACUGCGUUAGUGGACGAGGCGCAGAGGCAGGCAGGCGAACUGGCCAAUCAGGUGAUGAGGGAGAGCCUGACUUUGGACACGCCGGACAGCGUGAAGGACAAGCAGCUGAAGGCCUGGGAGUGGCGCUGCAAGCUCUAUCAGCGCAUGAAGACAGGCUUCGAGCACUCGCGCCCUCCAGAGGCACCGUCCACAGUGCGCCUGAGUGUGACAAGCAACACGUCGCUCACCGUCACGUUUCAGGAGCCGACCAGUGUCAACUCCGCCGUAGUCACCAAAUACAGAGUGGAGUGGAGUUGUCUGAAGGAUUUCUCUCUGCUAGCGGGGGAGAUGCUGUUGGAGAACCUGCAGACCCUGAAAUGCACCAUCAGUGGCCUCACCACAGGAAGGCUGUACUAUGUCCAGGUGUCAGCCUACAACAUGAAGGGCUGGGGACCCCCACAGCAGUCUCUACCACCAUCAGCAGCUCCCUCCAACUGGAAGGAUGUUGAUGGACGAGAGCUGAGAAGACGUGGCCACAUAGAGGCCAUGGAGCGCCUUCUCCAGCAGGUCCGAGCCACACACCAGCACUACAGCUGCCCAGACCCAUCUAAGCUCCUGAACCCGAGCCGUAAGCAGUCCGUCUCCAGGAGUCUGAAGCAUCUCUUCGCCUCCUCCUCCAAGUUCGUCAAGACCCUCAAGAGAGGGAUAUAUGUGGCUGCAGUGUUCUACCAUAAGGACAGUGUUCUGGUCACCAGUGAAGACCAGAUCCCCAUAGUGGAGGUGGACGACUCCUACAGCAGCACCUUCAUGCAGGACUUCCUCUGGUUCACCAAGCUGUCGUGUAUGUGGGAUGAUGUGCGUUGGCUCAGACAGAGCAUGGCUGUUUCCAGCUCCUCCUCUUCCACCCUGCAGGCCCGGCAGAAGAUGCUGGCUGCUGUCGGACAGCUCCAGAACCUUCUGGGCACCCACAACCUGGGCCGGGUGCACUACGAGCCCAUUAAGGAUCGCCAUGGCAACGUGCUCCUGGUGACGGUGCGGGAGACGGAGAGUCACUUCUCCUUCUUUAACGGCAAGUGGCUACAGGUGUCCAAACUGCAGAGCCAACGCAAGUCCCUGUCCACCCCAGAGGAGCCCUACGCACUGGAUAUACUACUCAUAACACUACAGGACAUCCUGGCCUACCAGCGGCGUAGCCUGCACCGCUUGUCUCCAGGGCUCUACCUGGGCUACCUGAAGCUGAGCAGCUCAGUGGACCAGAUCAAAGUGCUGGUCCCGCAGAGGACGCCCAACAUGCUGUGUCACACACGCAUACGAGACAACGGCAAUGUCUCCAGAGAGGAGUGGGAGUGGUUGCAGACUCUCUCGGGGGCAGAGGUGUCAGAGAGGUCAGACGCGGUGGGCGACGCUUCCCAUCCCCCCUUCCUGCACCACGAGCUGCAGGCCGCUAUCAAGAGCCUGCUCAGGCAGAUCAACCUACCUGUGCCGCAAGCCCAGCACUUCCGUGUGUAUAGUCAGGAGGUCCUGGAGUUGGGUCACGGAGUGUGUUUCCUGCUGCUGCUGCCCAGUAGUGAAGCGGUCUGCUCAGCACCCGGACAGACCAACCCAUACACACCACUCGCUGGCUUCCUCAACCUGCCGCUCCAAAUGUUUGAGCUGGGUUAG